ACAUUUUGGAGUAAUAUUGAGUGUUGUGUAUUUUGGAGUUUAAAUUAUUAAAAAACAACAAGUGUUUAUGUGCUUUUAAAAGGAUAACUAUUUAUUUAUUUAAUUUUUUUUUUUUUUGGUGAUACUAUGAAAUUAUAGUAGAAUAUAUAUAGAUAAACUAAUAGAUGGAUUAAAUAUUGUUAAUGUCAGACAAAGACAGUUUAACUUAGUGGUGAUAAUAUUUGCGCAGGCGCAAAACUCAAAAGGUAUUUGUAAGCGCGUGCGUUGAAACUAAGGAAAAACCAGUGGACGGUCGUGUCGCAUCGAGCAAUGAUGCUCGUCGAUUGAUCAUCGAUCAUCGAUCCCAUAUUGUUUAUUAAUUACAUAUCUCCCACCUUCUUUUUUUUUUUCUUUUUAAUUUCUUAUUUAUUUAAAACAACUAGCGUCAUUGUAAUCGUCAUCAACAACUUAUCAUUCGUCUAUCAGUGUUGUUUGUGUUGUUAGCUGUUAUUGUUAUUGUGUUGUGUUAUUAUAUAUUUUUUUUUUUUUUGAUAAUUAUAUUUGUGUCAUAAAACAAUCUGUCAAAUUAUAAUGAUUAUUUGAAAAUUGGAUUAUAUUAAUCUACACAAAUAAAGACUGAUAGAAAAAAUUUAACUAGUGCUCGAAAUUUAAGUGUUAUGGUGAACAAAUUAAUAAAAUUACUAUUAUUUAAUAUUUAGAAAAAUUUAAUAGUAAAUUUUAUAAUUAUUAUUUAUAUUAUUAUUUACUGAAAGUAUAAUCACAAUUGCUCAUUUUUAUAUAAAUUUAAUUUCGUUGUAUAUACUGUACGAGGUGAAAACAUUGACGAUCGAAAAAAAAUUUCAUAUGUGAUUGUAUGUAUUUUCAUGUACAAGGAAUAUAAAGUAUAAUUUUAAAACGUGGGUUUUGAGUGUAAUAAGAGGUACACGGAUUAAUUUAAAAAAAAAAAAAAAAAAAUGGGUAAUCAUCCGUCCGCCCACCAGCCACUCGAAAGAGCAACAAGCCACACUGGAAAUGGCCUUCGAUUAUCGAAACGUGAAAGAUCACCUGGUAAACGAAUGGAUCGUUUAAGACGAAGUUUCAGGGAUAGUUUUAGAAGGAGAAAAGACACACAUGUACCAGAAUCAAGUAAACCACAUCAAUGGCAUGCUGAUGAAAAUGCUGUAAAAUCAGCAACAUGUGCAUUUCACGUCAAGUAUUUGGGAUGUGUGGAGGUUUUCGAAUCGAGGGGAAUGCAGGUGUGCGAAGAAGCACUGAAAGUUCUACGGAAUUCACGAAGAAGACCAGUAAGAGCUGUACUUCAUGUAUCGGGUGAUGGUUUACGAGUUGUUGAGGAUGAAACAAAGGGUCUUAUUGUCGAUCAAACUAUUGAAAAAGUAUCAUUUUGUGCACCAGAUAGAAAUCAUGAUAAAGGAUUUAGUUAUAUAUGCAGAGAUGGUACAACAAGAAGGUGGAUGUGUCAUGGUUUUUUGGCACUUAAAGAAUCGGGAGAAAGGCUGAGUCAUGCUGUGGGAUGUGCAUUUGCUGCUUGUUUAGAACGCAAGCAACGUAGAGAUAAAGAAUGUGGUGUUACAAUGACAUUUGAUUCAAAAACAUCAACAUUUACAAGAAGUGGAAGUUUUAGACAGCCAAGUUUAACUGAAAGAUUACAAGAUACACGUGAACGUGCAAUUGAUGUACCACCAAUAAAACAAGUACAUAAUCCAUUUGCAAUUGAAAGACCACAUGCAACCCCAUCGAUGCUGGAACGUCAGGGUUCAUUUCGUGGUUUUAAUCAACUUAAUCAAGCAUCACCAUUUAAACGUCAGCUUAGUCUUCGAAUAAAUGAUCUUCCAAGUAAUUUGGAACGUACACGUAGUCAUAGUCUUGAACCAACAGAUAAUUCACGUUUACCACAAGGAUUAUCAUACAUUAAACCACCAGCAAACUAUUAUGGAUAUGGCGAAGUGAGUCCAAUACCGGAAAUAUCACCAAGUGGACAUGACAGUGUAUCUGCAAUGUGCCAACAACUAUCACGUGGAUUAUCUCUUUUAUCUAAAACAGAUGAUUUUGUACCAAUUCCAUCAGUAUCAGCAAAUAACAAUGUCACCAAACAAUUAUUUCCAAAUACAAUUCAUGAAAUGACAAACAGUAAUUCACUUGAUGAUAUUCAAAUGCACAGUGGAUUAACUAGUUUAAAUAAUAACAAUAAUAAUAUUAAUAAUAAUAACAAUAAAAAUAAUAUAAAAAAUGUAAAUAAUAAUAAUAAUGAUGAUGAUAAUGAAGAGCGUAAUAAUAAUUUAAAUACAACAUCACAAGUUGAAGUAACAUGGCAAGAUUCGAAAUCUCCAGUAUUAACAAAAAAUAUUAAAUUAACACCAGUUAUGGAUAAACGUAAUUUAUUUGUAACAACAACAACACCACCAACAACAACAACAAUAACAACAACAACACCAACACCAAAUUCAAUGAGAAAAUCAUUGAAUAAUACAAUUGUUGGUGGUGGUUAUGCAACACCGACAAUUGGUGGACCAGCAUUUAGUACAACAUCAUCAACAUCAUCAUUAAAUAGUAGUCGUUCACCAAUGCAAAUAUCACCAAAUAUAACUGGUUCAACGACAAUGAAUAAAAACACAUUGUCUGAUGUUAAUAAUAUUGAUAAAUUAAUUGCUAAUACAGAACAUAUUUAUUCAACAAAUUUACCAAAACCAGAACAAUGGCUUGGUAGUAUAACUGGUUCAGUUGGACCAUCACCAACACCGCCAACAUCAUCAUCACCAACUCCAUCAUUAACAUCAAUAACACAAACACCAAUAAGAAAACCACCACCACCACUUCAUGCACGUACAAAUUCACUUGGUUCAUCUAUUAAUAGUGCAACAAAUGGUGCUCGUCCAACUGAUCCAUUUGAUGCUGAAUGGGCUGAAAUUGCUGCUAGAAAUUUACGUCAAUCUAAUGCAACAAAUCCAUUCAUUGUAUCAAAUACAACACAGGCCUUUCAGGUGCAAUUGUAGCGUCAAUAAUUUUUAAAUAGCAUUGAUUAUUUUUACUAAAAAAAAAAAAAAACAAUUUAAUAUACUUAAAAAAUUGAUGUAUUAACUAUUUUUAAAUUAUUUUAAAGAAACACAAAUUUUAAUUAAUUAAUAAUAUUAAUUUGAGAACAAAAAGUUAUAUGAAAGAAAAAAAAAAGAAUCAAACUUAAAAAAAUAUGGCACAAAUGUGGUUAAAUAAAUUUGAACUAGUCCUUAGACGAAAAAAACAAUAUUAAAAAUUAAAAAAAAAAAAGAAAACAUAAAGAUAAUAAUAAAUAAUAAAUGAGCAAAGCUACUUAAAUGCCAUAAAAUUAAAAAUAAGUAAGCUAUUUUAAUUUAUUUUUAUUGCUGUAAUAUCUUUUCUUUGCAGAUAAUUUGUUGCUCAUAAAAAAAUUAUUAUAAAUUAAAUUAUUGAAUGUAUAUAAAAAAAAUUGUGACCAACUGCUUUAAUAUAUUACUGCACUUAAUACGCCGCAUUUAUAUAAUGAUAAUAAUGUUAAAUAAUAUGUCGUAUAACGAAAUGAAAACAAAUUGAUGAACAUUCAGGGCCGGGACAUUUUACUUUUUUUUACAAAAUAAUAAUUGGCAAUGUGUGUUGUCAAUAAAUCAUUCUAUGUUGGUCACUAUUAAUCUACAAAAAAUUAAAACUGAUGAUGUACUUAGGCUUCCUUUGAUGUUGAUCCGCAAAAUAAAUAAAUUGAUGUGAACAAUGUAAUAGGUAACUCAUACGAAUGUGAUGGAUUAACGUAUGAAAAGAUGAGAAGAUACUCAAUUUAAUCGACAAAAUAGUUAUUAUACAAUGCAGUAUUUCAUUGGGUCGUUUCGAUACGAGUAUCUUAUUUUAUUAAACGUUGAGCUGAUUGUUAUAUUUAAUAAAAGAAAAUAAAUAAAUAUAUAAAUAAAUUAAUAUUAAUUAACAACAUUGCAUCGUAGUAUAAAACAGUAUUGCGUUAUGCAGCUUUGUACCUCGACAAAAUCAAACAAAAAACAAAGCACAAAAUAAAACAAAAAUGUACUAGCGUUGCACUUAAUUUGACGAUUAUUUUAAAAUAUAAAUUAACUAAUCAAAAUGAUAAUUCACAAUAUAUAUUAGAUAAAAAAAAAAAAGACAAAAAUUUUUACUGUUUAUUGUGAAAUGAUUGUUAAUUUUUUUUAAAUUAAAUUUUUAAUUAAAAAUAUAUAAAUAUAAAUUAAUUGAAAAAUUUGGAAACGAUUUAAAAAUUGUAUUUUUUAUUAUUAUUAUAUUUUUUAUUUUUUUUUUCUUUCUAGAUUCAAUUUUUAUCGAUUCCUUAUUUUUCUUAUGUAAAUAGAGUAGUUAAUUAAUUAUUAUAAUUCAUUGUAAAUUAUCGGGUGGAGAAUAUGAUUGAGAAAGAGAUAAAAAAAAUUAGGAAAAAGUUAAAUUAACGUUGAUAGAAGAUUGAAGAUUUAUUUGAUAAAAUGUAUUUUGUAAAAAUGUAGAUUUGGUACUUAACUAACUUUUACGUUUUCACUUGAUUAUUAUUUUUUGGUUACGUAUAAUAUGUUCGUAUUUUGGUGUCUACGAAAAUAUGUAUAUAUAUAAAUAUAAUAAUUUAUCUAAUGGUGUUGGAAUAUAUUUUCAAAUUCUGUACAAAUUUUUAUUCAUUAAAUGUAAUUUACAAUAUCAAUUUACUCAUUAUGUUCUAAUUAUUAUUUUAUUUUUCUUUUAAAAACCAUUAUUUAAUUAUUAAUGUGUAAAUUUUAUUGGCCAGUGUGAAAGAUAAUUAAUUACGGUUAUUAUAUCGCAGUGAUAACAUAUAAUUGAUUGUCAAUAUAUGGUUGAUAAUACAUAUAAAAUUUGUUGUAAUUAUUGAAAAAUUGAAAAAGGAAAAUAAAAAAAAAUUACAAAUUGAUAAAAUUGGAUUACACGAUAUUUUUAUUAUUUAAUUUUUAUAAGAUAUAUUAGGUAUGGAAAAAAAGCGUUUUAAAACAAUAAAUACCUCUUUGCUCACAGGAUUAUAUAGAACAGGCAAAGGGGUAUUUUUAUUCAUUUCUAGUUCACCUCUUCUGUUACCUGUUCUCUUGAUAUUGCAAAAUCAAAUUUUACUUUUGUGAAAUCAUAUAGAAAAAAAAUAGAGGGCAGACUAAUUUUUUCACAGGAUUAUAGAACAGGCAAAGAGGUAUUUUUAUUCAUUUCUAGUUUAUCUCUUCUGUUACCUGCUCUCCUGAUAUUUCAAAAAUAAAUUUUAUUUUCGUAAAAUCAAUUAAAAAAAAAAUAGAGGGCAGAAUAAUUUUUUCACAGGAUUAUAGAACAGUUGAAGAGGUAUUUUAUUUCAUUUCUACUUAACCUCCUCUCUUACCUGUUCUCCUGAUAUUUCAAAAAUAAAUUUUAUUUUCGUGAAAUCAAUUAGAAAAAAAAUAGAGGGCAGAUUAAUUUUUUCACAGGAUUAUAAAACAGUUGAAGAGGUAUUUUAUUUCAUUUCUAGUUCACCUCUUAACUUACCUGUUCUCCUGAUAUUUCAAAAAUAAAUUUUAUUUUCGUGAAAUCAUAUAGAAAAAAAAUAGAGGGCAGAUUAAUUUUUUCACAGGAUUAUAGAACAGGCAAAGAGGUAUUUUAUUUUAUUUCUAGUUCACCUCUUCUCUUCCCUGUUCUUCUGAUAUUUCAAAAAUAAAUUUUAUUUCUUUGAAAGAAAAUAGAAAAAAUUAAAAAAAAAAAAAAUACUGUAUAAUCAGGAUUAUAGAAUGAGACAAGAGGUACAAUUUUACAAUUCAUAGUUCACCUCCAGCCAUUCCUGUUUCUUAGAUAUGUCUUGACUCUUGAGAUCAACAACUCUUGCUGAAAGCAUGUUUCCAAAUGCUACUAUUGUCGAUGCGAGAUAAACAUCUGUAAAUUAUUGUUGCAAAUUAUAGAUGAACAAAUUACAUCCAUCUUUAAUUUGUUUGCUACAAGUGUUGAUAAAUAAAAAUAUUAUUGUACAAUUGUAUAAAACACUUGAACUAAAACUUUUAAUUCUAUUAAUUUCCAAAAUAUUAUUUAUUAAUUUUUUUCAAUUAACCACAGCGCAUACACACACAUACACAUACACACUUUUUCAUUCACAUGACAAUUCUUUUUCAUUUUUGUGUUUACAUUAUCAAUAUUUGUUUUUUGCAUUUAAACAUUAUUAUAUUUAUUAUUCUAUAUUUUUUUGGCUACAUUGAUAAUUUAUUUUUUUUUAUAUAUAAAGUUUUGUUUAUUUUUUUUUUCUGUUAUUUUCGUUAUUAUAUUUCAUUAAUUUGCAUAUCAAUUAUCUCGAUUCACUUAUGUUUCUGCUAUGCAUUUUCUCCAAUAUCACUUGUCACCACAUUGUGACAUGCACACAAAUGAUUCAUCUAUUCUCUCAUUGCAAUUUAUCAAAUAUUUAUAUUCUCACAAACGAGAUAUAAAUAAUAAAAAGAAAUAAUAAUAAUAAGUUUAUAACAAUCAAUGGUUGUUGCAUUUUAUUAAAUAACAAAUUUACUAAUGUCAAAUAAAAUUGUAAAUUGCAAAUAAAAAAACAAAGAAAAAUAAUAAUAAUUAAUAAAAAGCCAACAAAAUAAAUAUAGUUAUUUUUCUUUUUUUAUCUUAUGUAGUUUGAUUUGAAAAAAAAAAAAAAAAAAAUAUUAAUAUUAUGAAUUAAGAUUUAUUAUAAGUACUUGAUAAAACAUAAAACAAUUGCGUUUAAUAGUUAACAAAAUUGCAUUUUAUACAAUAAGUAUUAACAAUAAUUUAAAAAAAAAAAAAAAAAGAAAACAAAUUGUGAUGACUGCACAUAUUUAAUAAUAAUAUAUUUAAAUAUGUCUGUGCGUGUAAAUUGCGUGCUUGACUCUUUUUUAUUUGUAAAUUAAUGGCAUGUCUCAUUUAUUUUUAAUUAAAAAAAUAUUGUUUUCUUUUUUUUUUUUAUGUUUUUUUUUACAUAGCAUUGAAUUGUAAGUACAUUUGUUAAUAAUUCUUAAGAAGAGACACGUCUUUGGUAUCUUACUCUCAGAGUCUUUUUAUAACAAUAUUUAAAAAAAAAAAAAAGAAAAAAAAAAGUGCAAUGACUCCAAAAAAAAAAAAUUGAACUAGCUGAACUUUAAACAGUUCUUUGACUGAUACUUGACAAAUAUGUUUAUAUGCAUGACACGUACAAAGACGGUAACUUGAGAAAAAAAAAAAUUAAAAAAAAAAAAAAGAACAAUGUCAAUAAACAAAUUCUUUUUUGCUUCUCCUUAAAAAUUAAACAUCAGCAUUUGGCGUAUAUAUUUAUAAAAAUAUAUAUUAUUUAUAAAAAAAAAAAAAAAUAAUAUUAAAUGAACAUAAAUAAGAGUAGAACAAUAUUGUACGAGCAAAUAUAAGAAGAAAAAAAAGCGAGGAAAAAUCGUGAGGCGGUUCGUCGAUCAACUUUUCUUUAAGUUGUAUAUACUAGGUAAAUAAGUGGUUUUUUAUUUUUUAAAAUUUAUUUACUAAUAAGUAAAGGCGAUCAACGUUGCAGGCAUCCUCUUCGAUCGUCCAUCGUGUACAAAUAUUUUUUUAAACGUGAAUGCAAGUGUACGUGUGUGUUUUAAAAAAAAAAAAAUUGUUUAAUUGAAAAUGGAUAAUAAUAAUGGAAAAGGAGUAUUAAUUUUUGUAUAAAAAAUUAAAGGAUAAAUGACAAGGAUGUGUACUUAAAUUGCAAAACAAUCGAAAAAAAAAAAAAAACAAAAUGAAUAAUUUGAAGCAUUUGCAGUUAUACUUUUUUAGACUCAUUCAAUGAGUACAUUAUUAACUAUGAAAAACAUAAUAAAAACAAAAAGAAAAAAAAAUUAAAUAUCUAUAAACAACGAAAAAAAGAAAAAAACUAAUUUCAUUUUUCAUCUGCACAUUAUUUAAAUAGCAUUUUAUGCUUUUAAAAAAAAAACGAAAAAAAAAAAACUGUUUUUCGUGCAAGAAAAAUUGAAAAAUAAUUGACAAAUUUUUUUUUUGUUUUCCAUACAUAAAAAAAAAAAAAAAAAAUUUGAUAAAAAUAAACGUCAGUCAAAGACAUAUGAUACAUACAUGUCAUUCAAUAUAUACCAAUAUUUUUUUUUCACUUUUUGUCCAUUUUUGAAACCACAUGAUUUUAAUGAUGCGGUUUAAAAUUUUUAAUACAUGAUCAUAUUUUUAUUUUUUUUAAUCCAUAUUUACCCUCGAACAUAUAAUAAUAUAUACACAUAAAUUCGCGUCGACUAAAUGUUCAGCGUUUAAUUCCCUCCUAGCAACCCCUUAAUAAAAAAAAAAAAAAAAAAAAAUCCCUUUAUUUCU